UUCUCGUGCAGGAAGUGGAGACAAGGGCCAUAUGAAAGUCAUCCUACCGGCGACUGCAAAUAAAAUCAAAAAUUGCUCCGUAUUUAUCUGUUUUUUUAACCUUAGAAAUGUAUAGUGGCAUCUGAAAUUUGAAUCUGUCUGUUAAUAGUUUGUAUACCUUAGCCACUAGUCUGUAAACUGCCACGUUUAAUGAGUAACUUUCUACAAAGCUAACACAGUAACAGUACAUAGAGUACAGCUGGCUUGUUCCUUUAAUUGUCAUAGAGUAGUGCUGGGCAGUCUUUUUCGGACAUUAUCGUCAUGAUACGAAUCCGAGCGCAGCAGAUUGCCAGGGGACUGUCCCAAAUAAUAGGACGUGAAUUCCUAAAGGAAAACAUCAAGACCAGUAUCAAACAACCAACUCAAAGUCAGUCUCCCCAGCACCCCUGGUCGUCUGUCAGCAGUGUCCGAACCAUUGCGAUGCUGCCCUGGCCCUUCUCUCAGUCACGGGACUUCAGCCUUCCCAACUCAUCCUGGGGCUCUGAUAUGAGGCGGCUGUAUGAGCACUAUAACAGCCAGUGUGAGGUAGAGACAGAAGAGGGGGGAAAGAAGUGGGGGGCCUGGAGAAGACUGCCCAGUUACAACCGUUCCAUCAAGUUUGCUACAGGUGGAGUAUAUCUAAGUAAGAUCAUCCAGUCUAAGGCCCGUUUGUUCACGCGGAGCGUAAAGGAACCGGGAGCGGCGUUCGAGUAUGUCAUGUUUGUCAACAAGGAGGAGGAGAAGUGUGUGUGUGUGUUUCAGGCUGGACACUUACUGGAAGGACCACCGGGGCAUGUCCACGGGGGGGCAAUAGCCACCAUGAUUGACUCUGUGACAGGGACCCAUGCAACCUACCUGUCUGGCCCAGUCAUGACGGCCAAUCUCAAUAUAAACUAUCGCAGCCCCAUCCCAUUGGGCAGCACGGUGCUGCUCACCUGCUCACUGGAUAAGAAGGAGGGACGGAAAACCUUUGUUUCCUGUCAAGUGACCAACACGGACGGCUCCAAACUCCACACAGAGGCCACAGGGCUGUUUGUGUCGAUCACUAUGGGAAACCUAUUAGGAGGGUGAUGGAUUAUCCGGACCAUUGACCAACCAGAAAAAAAACAAAAAAACGCAUCAGCAAACAGCACUGACUGCCUUUUGUGUGCGUGCGUGGGUGUGCGAAUGAGAGUGUUUGCCUGCAAUCUUCUUAGCACUAGCAAUUUGCCUGAGACACCUGAUGUUCUGAGCUGUACAGCUGCAUCUGUCGUAGAUAUAACAGUUCGUGAGUACUGUUUCUGUGCUCGACUAAUGGCUUCAGUCAGAUUGAAGCAUUUUACCUAUGUUUCAGUACAACCUAUGGUUUAUUGUAUUAUAUAGUCAAGUCCAUUAUUGGCACCCUUGGGGGGGGGGGGGUGGUAGCAAAAUAAACAUUAUAAAACUAUUGCUGUUCAAAUGAGAUCUUGUUUAUCAAGUAAUUUUAACAAACUUAAAAAGAAAGGGUUAGGAAGAGAGAAAAGGGCAGUCCAUAAGAAAGAUAUCAAGAAUUUGGUCUAAGAUUGUUCCCUCUUUCACACAACUUUAAAAAAAUAGGCUCAGUUUAAUCUUUACAAAGAGUCUGUAAAAAGACUUGACUGUAUAAUACAAAGACUUGACUGUAUAAUUGGUUACCCAAUAAACAAAAUCUAGUUUUCAGAGCAAUUAUAAUAUUACAAAAAAUUUGUUUUUGAAUACAAUAUACCUCCAUAUUUGUGUUAUUUUAAGCAGUCUGUUUUGCUCAUAUCAGGGUUGCAACUGAUUACAGACCAGACUAUAUAACGGGCAGUGUAUAUAUUGUAUUUUAACUACUUUAUUAUAUUUUUAUCAUUAGAAUUUAUUUAAAGAGGCCUUUUGAUAUUUUUUUUUAUCUUUGCUAAUAAUUUAUUGGUCCACAGUUAAUGACCUCUUGAAUAAGACCUUACUUCUUGAGUCCUAUGUAUUUACGGUUUGAUAUUAGGUUUAAGAAUAUUAUGUUGUUAAUAAUAUUUGAGAAUAAAGUCAUUUGCAUUGUGAUAACUAGUGUUAUUUUCAGACUGUUCCGUGUGUUAAUAAACAACGUAGCACAUUUGAUUAAGAAUGGCACUUACAACGCCAGGACUGUGAGUUCAAUUCUGUGUCGAAAUGACUAAACUGUAUAUUUAUUUGAUGUCAUAAAGCUUACUCUUUGUC